AUGGAGCUGUGUGCUACUUUCAAGUAUAAUGGAGUGAGAGACGAUGCAAUCAAGUUGAGGCUAUUCCCAUUUUCGCUGCAGGAAAGUGCUCAGAGUUGGUUGAACUCCCUUCAAUCCAAUUCUAUAAAUACUUGGGAGGAUUUAGCUCAAAAAUUCCUUGCCAAGUUCUUUCCUCCAUCAAAAGUUGCUAAAUUGAGAGGGGAAAGUAAUAAUUUUUAUCAGCUGGAUGGUGAAACUUUGUAUGACUCUUGGGAAAGAUUCAAGGAGUUGCUGAGAAAAUGUCCUCAUCACAGCAUUGAAAAGUGGAUGUUGGUCCACAAUUUUUACAAUGGAUUGUAUGGUACUACUCGCACUAUAAUUGAUGUCGCAGCUGGAGGGGCAUUUAUGAGUAAAAGUGCCAACGAGGCAUAUGAGUUGUUGGAAGAUAUGGCUACAAAAAAUCAUCAAUGGUCGGAUAAGCGUACGCCUAGUAAUAGAAAGAUAGCUGGGGUUCAUGAAUUAGAUGCAAUCACUGCCUUGACUGCUCAGGUUGCUUCCUUAACAAAACAACUGCAACAGAGUAUUGUGUCUACUAAUGCCAUCCAAAUGUCAGUAGGUUGUGGAAUAUGUGGGGGUCCACACUCUUUUGAUCAAUGCCCUUCGUCUGACCCUAAUAAUAAUAUUCCCAUGGACCAAGCUCAAGUUCAAGCAGUGGGAAAUUUUCAAAGGCCUUUUAAUAACCCAUUCUCCAACACUUACAAUCCUGGGUGGAGAAAUCACCCAAAUUUCUCUUGGAGAAAAAAUCAAGGCCAACAGUCACAGUUUCAAGGCCAAUACUAG